AGCGCCGCAGCCCCGCCCCGAGCCGCCGGUGCCGGAGUGCGGGCCGGGAUGGCGGAGCCCGCGGCGGGAGCGGCGCCCGGUGCCGCGGCGCUGCCGCUGCCGGGGAGGCUGAGCUUCGCGGCCGGGCACUUCCUGAACGACCUGUGCGCCUCGCUGUGGUUCACGUACCUGCUGCUCUACCUGCACGCCGUGCUGGGCUACGGGCACCGGCUGGCCGGCGGCCUGCUGCUGGCGGGGCAGGCGGCCGACGGGCUCUGCACGCCGCUGCUCGGCUACGAGACCGACCGCUCCACCGGCUGCGGCCGCUACGGGCGGAGGAAAUCCUGGCACCUGGCCGGAACCACCUGUGUCCUCUUGUCCUUCCCCUUCAUCUUCAACCCCUGCCUGGGAUGCACGGACAGCACGCCGCAGUGGGCAGCCUUCGUCUACUACCUCCCGUUCAUCAUCAUCUUCCAGUUCGGCUGGGCAGCCACACAGAUCUCCCACCUGUCCCUCAUCCCCGAGCUGGUGACAGGUGACCAUGAGAAGGUGGAGCUCACAGCUUUCAGAUAUGCCUUCACUGUCAUGGCCAAUAUCACUGUGUAUGGCCUGGCCUGGCUCCUGCUGAACUUCCAGGUGGACCAGCCUGACCGCACAGAGCACUUAGGCAUCCAGGAUGUCCCUAUAUUUCGGAACCUGUCCCUCAUCGUGGUGGGGCUGGGGGCCGUGUUCUCCCUCAUCUUCCACCUGGGCACCAAAGAGAAGCCGUACCUGCCGGGCUCGCUGCCCCAGCCGGAGGAGAGCAUGUCCCUGCUGCAGAAGGAGCCUACGAACCUCCCGCAGCCACUGCUGAUCUGGAAGGACUGGCUGCUGGAACCUGCCUUCUACCAGGUCGCAGUGCUCUACAUGUUGACCCGGCUCAUCGUCAACCUGUCCCAGACCUACAUCGCCAUGUACCUGACCAACUCGCUGAUGCUGCACAAGAAAUAUAUUGCCACCAUCCCCCUGGUGAUGUACAUUAGUGGCUUCCUUUCCUCCUUCCUCAUGAAGCCCGUGAAUAAAUGGAUAGGUCGAAAUCUGACCUACUUCGUGGGCAUCGCGGUGAUCUUGGCCUUCGCCUCCUGGGUGGCCCUGACCAAGGAGAUGGGCGCCGAGAUCUACGGGGCGGCCGUGCUGCUUGGGGCUGGCUCUGCCACCAUCCUGGUCACCUCCCUCUCCAUGACAGCAGACCUCAUCGGCACCAACACUCACAGCGGCGCGUUUGUCUACGGCGCCAUGAGCUUCACGGACAAGAUGGCCAACGGGCUGGCUGUGAUGGCGAUCCAGAACCUGCACCCCUGCCCGACUGAGCUCUGCUGCCCCGAGUGCGUCAGCUUCUACCACUGGGUGAUGGUGUUGGUCACUGGAGGCAUUGCCAUUGCUGCCAUCGCCUCUCUGUGCUGCAUCAUGGUCUGGCCCAUCCGUAUCCGCUACCACGGUGUCUGCGUGCGGGGGCUGAGCAGAGCAGAGACCAGCUAUGGCGGGACGGACGGCGUGGAGGGAAGGAGCCAGAGCGGCGCUGUCAACUGAGCGGGGCCGUGUCCUCUGCCACCGCGGUGCCCGUGCCACUGAGCUCAGCCGGGGGGCCCGGCAGGGGCUGGCACUGGGACGGGGUGCCGGGCUCUAGCGAGGAGUUGGCGCCCUGCCCGUCUGUCACCUUGCACUGGACUCGUGUCCCCCCGCAGCCCGUGCUGGGGACGCAUGAAGGAUGUCACCCUGUGCUUGCACAAGUGUCACACUAGACGGCCCUGGGCCGGGCUGCGGGGUCACUCCCGGCAGGGGGAACGGGCACGUGGCCCUCGGUUUUAACUUGCUUAUGUAAGGUCAGUAUCUACAAACGGCACUUUUUAAAGGAGGAGAAAAAGGAGAGGAAAAAAAUAAAAUCAAACACAAACAACUCUAAA